AUGAGUCGAAAGCUCUUCCUCAUGAUUGUGAAUUCCAUCUGGGAGUUCAACAGCUACUUUAAGUGCAAUAAGGAUUGCACCAUCACACUUGGAUUCACCUCACUUCAGAAGUGCACGACGGCUAUGAGGAUGCUUGCAUAUGGGGCUCUCGGUGAUAUACUGGAAGACUAUGGAUGCAUGGAUGAGUCCACCACCAUUGAGUGUUUAUUCAAAUUUGAUUUUCCCCCCACAUUUGUUGGUGUUGGAAUGAUUUGUCCACAUGUGGUAAAUUUUGCGUUACUCUUUGGAGGAAUCAUAUCUUGGGGAUUGCUAUACCCUUUUCUUGAAUCAAAACACGGGCAAUGGUAUCACACUGAUAGUGCUUCAAGUCUUACGGGGAUGAAUGGAUACAAGGUCUUCAUUUGCAUAACAAUUAUCAUCACAGAUGGAAUAUUCAACUUCCUUACAGUCAUUAUUGCAUCUUGUAUUGACAUUAAGCACAAGCAACAAGAUAUUGAUUCAGGGUUGAGUAAUUACAUAAAAAAACACCCUAGCCUUAACUACGAUGAUCGUAAGAGGAUUGAGGUAUUUCUUCAAAAUAAAAUCCCUUUAACCAUAUCAGUGGGAGGAUACAUUGCAAGUGCUACAAUCUCAGUAGUUGUUAUCCCAUGGUUGUUCGAUCAAAUUAAAUUCUAUCAUGUUGCCACAUUAUAUAUUGUCACGCCGGUCAUUGCGUUUGCAAACACUUAUGUAAAUGGACUUACAGAUUGGUCAGUUGGAUAUACUUAUGGCAAGUUUACAAUAUUUGUUGUUGCGGCAUGGAUUGUGAAACCGGGUGCAAUUGUUGCUGGCCUUGUAGCUUGUGGGAUAAUGAUAGCAGCUCUGCACAUUUCUUCACAAGCUACACAAGACAUCAAGACGGGUUUCAUGACACUAACCUCAGAAAGAGCUAUGGUAAUUGGGCAAAUUGUUGGUGUAGUUAUUGGCUCUAUUGUGAGCCCAUGUAUAUUUCUUGCCUUUCAAAAAAGUGAAAAGCCUGGAGUUACUAUCGGAUCUGCUCAAUCACAUUACCCAUGUCCUUUUGCUGGACUCUUUCGUGCCAUCGGUGUGAUUGGCAUUGGAGGAGUGAAGGAGCUCCCUAAGUAUUGCCUUACAAUGUGCUUUGCUGCAUUUUGCAUAACAAUUGUCACAGAUGUACUUUCAUUGGUAUCUUAGGGAAAAGGCUGGAGAAUGCACAAGUAUCUUCCUAAUAUGACAGUGGUAGCACUACCAUUCUUUGCAGGGCCCGAUUUCCCCAUAGAUAUGUGCCUAGGUACUGCGAUAAUGUAUCUAUGGACUAAAAUUAAUAAAAGAAGUGCAACUUUGCUGUCAUCGGCAGUUGCAGCAGGCCUUAUAUGUGGAGAGGGACUAUUUGCAUUGCCAUCAGUAGUACUCACUACGUUCAGUAUACAACCACCAAUGUGCAUGAAGUUCUUUCAUAGUGGAAACGAAGUUGAUGUAGUUUAUUCAUUCUUAAAUAAGUUGGAAACACCCACAAAGACAUGA